ACAUAAACUACGCAUCUGCUUCAUGCUCGUUCCAUCGCUCCUCGUCGCAGCUAGUCGCCUCAUGAAGUCUCCUCGGAACGAGAUUCAUCGCUGCCGGAUGUAGGCAGAGGAGAGCAGCAGCUGCAGCAGCUCCCCAGCAGCUCCAGAGGCUGAGCAUGCUGAGAACGUAGAAGAAGAAGCUCGACCAGGACCGAACCACAUUGUCUUGGGUUUGCAGCUGCGACGAGAAAAUGGUAUCGAUACCGGACUACAGUCCUCUGAAGAGGAACAAAUAUGAAGAAGAGGAGCAAGCUCGAGCUCUGAGGACUCGCUGGACCGACAAUGAGCGGAUCAGAGUGGAAAUGCGGCACGUCGCAGCUGAGAGAGCAUCGAAGUCAGCUGCAGAUGGGUUCAGGUAUGUGACGCCCACCAUAAUUCGGCUGCCUCACCACAUCCGCAGCGUCAGACCCGACAUGUUCAUGUACAGCCACAUCGACAUGCCCUUGGGCCUCUACAACAGGGGCGACUUGAGAAUCACCACUGAAGCCGAGAGGCGCCGCAUCGACGCAGUGCUGGCUUUCAUCAAGAAGGUGAACGAGCGUCGAGACGACGAUCGACAGCUCGAGUGGGACGAGCUGAGCAUGCGAGUCGUCCCCGAUCCAGCUCAGGUCAAGCUGCUGUACGAGGAUGCGCCAGAAUUGACGGACGACGAGGUGCGCUACCUGUUGACCAUCGAUGCCGUCUACUUGCUCUGCCUGUUCCAGGGGCUCGUGCUGUUCCAGGGCCAUGAACAUCGGUACUCGGAGAUUCCAGCCCUGAGCCGCAAGGAGAUUUACAUCCUGAACAAGAAGGGGACGCUGCAAGAUGUGCUGUUGAUAGAAAACCAGGUGCCCCUGUUUCUGAUUCAGAACGCCCUGGCUGUGGCCAUGGAUGGCAAGGACAGUGUGCCGGCGACGAGCAGUGUGGGGGCGGGAGUGGCGGCUUCUGUGGACUCCGAGGGUGAGUCCAAGGCUUCGGGGGCGUACCAUUUCCCUCAGGAUGUAGAUAGGCAUGGCAUAUUCCAGGAGGAUAAAUCCACAGGGUCUGUGAAGUUGGCGCAUAGCGUGGACUCGGAGAGGAGCUUGCGGCUGGAGCUGGGCAAGCUGCUGACCAAGGUUUUGCCGUCGUUUCUGGGAGUGUGCGGGCUGCCAUCGUUCAGUGAUCACUCGGUGUCGAAGCUGCAAUUGGCCAGCAGCGAUCACCUGCUGGAAUGCGUGUACAAGGUGGUGUGCUCGAGAUCUGCGGGUCUUCGAACCAUGGACCGACAUCUGAGCCACGGGAGUGAUCAUGACACUGCGUCCAUUCAAGUGGACGAGACCAAAGAAUCAUACCGAUCCACUCCAUGCUUGCGGAACUUCGUCAACUGCCUGCUUCAGCUGCAGAGCACGACCAAGUUCGCGCUGGAUCCGCACCUGCAGGAUCUCGAAGGAGCCUUUGUGAAUCGCGCCCGAGUCAUUCCCACGGCCUCGCAAUUGAAAAAAGUAGGAAUCAAAAUCAGGGGAUCGGGUGUGGGAACGAUCUUCGACUACAAAGUAGUGCAGGGCCUGUUCAAGGAUACGCUGUACAUCCCCAAGCUCGAGCUGUGGCGAUACACACUCGAGAUGUUCAGGAACUUGGCCUUGUUAGAAAUGAGACCGGGCAAGCUGUACGAGGAUCAGCCAGUCAUAGAGUACCUCACUCUCAUGAACCAGCUCGUGCACACGGAAGAUGAUGUUUUUCUCCUAUCGGAGAACAGCAGGGACUGUGUCAUAAUGAACACUCUGGGAGACGUGGCUGUGGUGGUGGACUUGUGUAAUCACGUAAUCCAGGGCACCACAUCGCAACAAACCUCGCCGCAAUUCCAGAAACUCUGCAUCGACGUGCGGCAGCGUUACAACAACAGGAAGCAGAGGGCAUUCUGGGAGUUCGUGGAGACGUACUUGAACAAGGCCUGGAAGAUCGGAUUACUCUUGGCCACCCUGCUGCUGCUCGUGCUAAUGUUCGUUCAGACCGUGUACCUUAGUUCCAGGUGAUGAUGAUGAUGAUGACAUUCCAGGGCGGGCGUAAACCUUAGAGAUUGCAUUUGGACUCCCUCGAGGAUUCCACUUCGCAUUCGAGUAGAUAACUUAGACAGCACAGACACUCUCACUCACUCACACCCCACACACACACCCACACAGAGAACACACGUGACUUGUGUAUAAAAAAUUCGCGGCUUUUUCCAACUCUGUAUUUUGAUUCACACAGUUGGAAGUUCUUAGGACACAGAACAUAUAUUAUUACAUUAUGCGGAGCAGCAGCUGCCAUGUUUCGGACAGGCUGGACUACGGAUCGGGAUCGAGCUCGGCGAUCUGGUCCAGAAGAACUGAACUGAUUCCUCAUAGAUUAAGUGUUUCCCAUGCUAGUCUAGGAUAUUGAAUUUUGUAACUACCACUGAUUUUCAGCUUGACUUAUGUAUCGUAGAUAAGGAGGGUCGGAAAUGACAUUUGUAUCGACCUGUAUGUGUGAUAUUGGAGAUUUCGGUUGACACUUGCAUAUCGACACAUACAUUGCCUAUUCGUACGCGUUGCGAGUGUAAUCUGACGUUCUCGGAGGACUCUUACGAUCUUUUCCGUCU